AUGGCAUCCUCCCUCAGGGCAUUGCUUGUUGAGGAUACGGCAGUUCAACGCAUGGUUGUCUCCGCCAUGCUGCGCAAUCAGUUUCACUGCGAGACCACUCUGGCGAAGAAUGGGAAAGAAGCUGUUGACAUGUUCCUCGAGGGCAACACGUUCGAUAUAGUCUUUUGUGAUAGGGACAUGCCCAUAAUGACCGGCCCGGAGGCAGUUGUGAAGAUCCGUGCUAUGGGAGCCACUGAUGUGAAGAUCGUCGGGUUGUCGGAUGACGAUAACGCCAUGGAGGCGUUCAUCAGCGCCGGCGCCGAUGACUUUGUGCCCAAACCAGUGAGGCCUGAGACUGUCGGGCCUAUGAUUCAGGAGGUCAUCAAUAAGAAGCUAGAACAGUUAGCGGCGCUUGCUUGAUCCAGCCAUGGAGGAAUACAUGCAUAAAGCUAGCUCAUAUGCAUCAUAGCUUUUGGCAUGCACUAUAUUACUGUCGUGUUGUCAUUUUACUUUCAAGGUCAUGUUAAAGGUCGGGCGUGAUUAGCAAGAAGAAGAAGAAAAAGCAGCAGCAGCAGCAGAGAGGCUACCGACAUAAUUAGACCAUUUGGAUGAUAAUACUAUCGAAAUUGUCAUUUGGAUCGGAUGA